CACAUAAUCUUCGCUCAAUCCGUAAAACUAGUUUACAAACAUUUGCUCUCACUCCCAGUGGUGAUUGAUACUGAAUUUCUUUACCUAUUUUAUUUCGCGUUUCUUUGGUAGUACUGGUUACUAUGCCGCUUCACACUCAAGGAACGAUCGCUGUUGUGGUGUCGGCAGCAUUUGCAUUGCUGAGUUUCAUUUCGAUCGGAACGCGAGUGUAUACACAAUUGGUUGUCACAAAGAAGUUCAACUGGAACGAUGUGGGAAUUUUGGUUGCAUUUCUCGCGUAUCUGAGUUUGGGAGCCCUUCUUGUCCUCGGAGCACUGAAUGGUAUUGGUGGUCAUACAGCCCAGGCCAGCAUUCCCCAAAUCUCGAAUGUUUUGAAAUAUAUUUGGUUCCUCGAAAUCAUCUAUGUGUGCCUUACAAGUGUUAUGAAGGGCAGUAUUGCUAUCACAAUGAUGCAAUGGACCAAGAACCGUGUCUUGAUCUGGAUGUUUUGGGGCUCGAUCGCCAUGGACGUUAUCAUCUCCGCCGUCUUCUCCUUUUACGUCAUCUUUCAAUGCACGCCAGUCAGCUACGCAUGGCGACUGUUCGAUCCUACGGUCAAGGGGAAAUGCUUGCCUUUCACUGGACAAUUGUAUAUGGGUCUUGCGCUGUGCUUCGUCACUUUCACAUUGGACAUCCUGUUGAUGACCAGUCCAUUUAUCAUGAUGAAGGGCAAGAAUAUCAACAAGACCUUGAAGAAGUACAUCUAUGGGAUUUUCAGUUUGGGUAUCUUGGCGACUAUCGCAAACAUCAUCCGCUUAUUCGCGCUCUUCAAACUCCAGAAGUCAAAAGACCAACUGUUCGACGCUGCUCCUGUCUUCACUUGGUCUGCGGUUGAAGUCAGUAUCGGUCUCAUUGUGGCAGGGCUCCUGGAGCUUGGCCCACUGAUGGCGAAGUAUGGUGUUAAGGGAUUCGACCACUACUCGAGAUUCGCUACACUUGGAGACGACGAUACUGUCAAGCUGCAAAGUAUUCAGACGAUGGACAAGACUGGCAUUACAAUUUCUGGCCCAAUGAGAUACUAGACGGGCCCCAAGGAGGGAGGGAUGUAUUGGGCACAGAACUAGAGGAGUCUAAGGAUGCUGGACGUUCUACGUAUUUAUUUGUGGGAGCGUUGGCUGCUAUCAAAUUCGAGGUUUUCACAGAUUGGCAGGUAUCUCAACGGAUGAGGCUGUCAAAAUAGAGAGGGGUGUAUGAUUAGCUGCAUUGAUGUUGUAAAUAUAGUUUAGACCCCAGACGGUAUUCCAUUUCGAAGGUUUGAAAAUACGUUCAGGACACGGGCAUGGGAGAAGAGAGUUCACAUUAGGGUUCAAGAUCUGCAUUUGGAACUUGAUUUAAGUUAAAUAUGUGGCUAAUUUCCGGAAGAGAUCACCAGCUAUGCGAAG